AUUAACAUGGAGGAAAAUGCUAUUAUAAGUUAACCAAAAACGAAACAAUAGAUCACACCAACAACAGGAAAAUCAAGAGAUGAAAUGAGAAUCUUUUUAUUUGAAUUUUUUGGAAUGGCUUUAUUUGCAUAUGGGUAAAACUUAAUUAAUACAAUUUAGAAUCAUCUGUUCAUAAGGAUCAGAUGAAUUCUUAGCUUUAUUUUUCUUCGCAUCAGUUUGUUUGGCUGCUCCAUUUUCAGGAGCACAUGUAAAUCCUGCUGUUACAUUGGCUAUGGUUUUGUCAAGAAGAGUUAAUUUUGCAUAAGCAGUUAUAUAUUGGUUGGCUCAAUUUUCAGGAGCAUUGUGUGGAGCUUGCUGUUGCUAUUUGAUUUUGAAUGAAGUAGAUAGCCCUUAAGUUAAGAGUACUGAGUACUCAUGGAUAUUAUCAGAUAUAAGUGGAGAGGCAUUCGGAACAUUUACAUUUAUUUUAUUCAUACUCAUCCAAACAGAUCCAGAAACUACUUUAACUCCAGGAGGACAACCCAUGACAACCUAUGUAUUAGUUGCUUUGGCAUUGUAUUUUUCAAGAGAAUUUACAUUCCAUUCAGGAGGUAAAAUAAUUAUUUUAAAUCUUAAGGAUGCUUAAAUCCAGGUAUGGCAGUUUCAUUACAAUUAUUUUAAUCGUUUUAAACAGGAGAUAGACAGAGAAUGGACUUCUUAUGGGUAUAUGUAGGAGGUCCAUUAGGUGGAGGUUUUGGAGCCAGUGUGUUUUUUGAACUUUUUUAUAAAAAAUAGAUAAAAAGACUCUGA